CGAACACCAACACACCAGAGCAGCUGAGUCUCAGUAAUGUCUCUUUGGUUCCAUCGUUCUGGACAGUGCACGGAAUAAGGGACUUAUUCAGAAGCAGUUGGAUGAUGCCACUUUGUAGCUCUAUGAUGAUAUUUGUUGUACCGGGAACAUCAAUGAGAAACAAGACACUUGGGAUCGCUCUUUUGUUCAUAUCGAUCGUCAACGGUGUCUCAGGAUUGCGAGUCCCUCGGGUUGACAACCUAUCUGUGGAUAUUGAGGACGAUGAGGUGAUUGCCCUUUGGAGCCAAACCCAAAACGCAUCAUCUGACAUCCAGUACAAUGUGCAAAUGGCAAAGCUUGCUGAUGAAUGGGCCAUGGUGCUCAGCUGCACAGGGAUCACAAAGACCUACUGUGACCUAAGUGGACUCAUACACGACUAUGCCGCUGGCUACAAGGUCAGGGUUCAGGCAGUACACAAAAACCACACAUCGCAGUGGGCGAUGAAGAAAUUCCUCCCAAAUACAAGCAACCUGCAGCCUCCAUCCUUCACAUUAUACGCGACCUCUAGUACGAUAACGAUUCACGUCCACCAAAAACCCAUCCUCAAAAAGCUCUUUCCCUUCGGGGUUACGUACGUCAUUCACCUCAAGGAAAGAAGCAGAAACAGCAAAGAGGAUGUGAAAGAGACAAUCGUGUACCUGACAGAUGCCAUGGAUCAGCGGUCUACAACCUUUAAUUUUCUCCAGUGGGGGGUGGAGUACUGCGUCAAAAUCAUGGUGGAGGGAAACGCUGCUUUGUCCAGGAGCGAUUUGUCCCCAGAACAGUGUCUAAUACCUCCAGAGCAAGAAUGGUUCAUUAUUUCGGUGUCAUCCCUGACUACUCUGGGCGUGUUGACGACUGCUGCCAUUUUGGCCGUCGGCCUCCUUUGCCACCUGAGACGUCCAGCGAAAACGCCUGCCGCGUUGAAAUCCCCUGCGCAUUGGUGGCGCCCACUCACUGUCAGAGAAGGGCUUAUGGAAGUGGUCACAGACAAAGGUUGGUUCCUGUCUGGGGAUGGCGCCUCAGUGAAAAACUCCACAGAAACCCCUGAAAACAAGGCUGGACUUUUGGAGGAACACGACAGGAGGACAAGCCUGGACAGUGGCUUUAGCGUGGAGUGCAAUGCUGCGGAACGACAUAAAACAACUGCCCCGGGGGGACAAGAGGACAGUGGCUGUGGGAGCAUGGGGGUUACGGUGUAUCCCCAGCAGGUUGAAACGGUUCAGAAAAGUAGUGAGGAUAGCGGAGUGGGACUCUGGAGCCGAUUGGAAUCCUCUAGCGUGAACACGAUUAGCCAGGAGAGCCCAUCCCUCAAAGAAUUUGACAGUUAUUGCAAGCAGAGCCCUGUACUGCAUGGUCACCACCACGAGGGAUCCAAGCAGAUCCAUCCAUGUCCAGUCUUGGCCAAAGUGGUCUCGGGCUACCAGGCAGGGCCUCAGUCCUGUAUCUGCUCAGGUGUGGCUAAGUGCUCCUGGUGCCUCCAACGCAUCGUCUACGAGGCCAAAACCAUCCACCAGCACGGAAGCGCGCUGAGCAAAGAGUUUUCAAAUGAUCCAAGGAGGACACGGAUAGACACAACUGAGGCUUUCCCUCUACUAACAGCUCUGACACAAGAGAUGGACCUCAACAUGAACAGUUUGGCCAUCUCGCUUUGUGACGUGCAGCUGGAUAACAACUGACUCACUAGGGACACACUUCAAAAUAAGUUGACCAAAAAAAAAAAAAAAACAGACAGACUGUCACAUCUGCAGAAAAGGAAAUGGGCCAGAAGUGAAACCGUUGAGGAAAUUUACACCGGCAUGAUCGACGUCAUUUGAUCCGUGCACUUUCCUAAACUAAACUCUCUAAAGUGUUUUGAGAGUGGAUUUUGCUCAAGGCCAAUGCAAUGUCAGAGAUGGACAACAUUAUUCAUAUUUAUUGUACAUAAUGCUUACAUACUGAUGCGAUCAAAGUUAGCCUGUUUUGACAUUUGGCAGCUGUGUAUACCUCUCAAAUAUCAACAGAAAUGUGUUGUUAUGGGACAGAGGUAACAGAAAUAUUCAAGAGGGAGCUUGAAACGCUCCAGAUUAUUAUUAUUAUUAUACACGUUUUAGUGCAUAAUUUGAUAUAGACGAUUAUCAUAUGGCCGUUAUAGGUCCAGGUCAAAACUGUACCAGAACAUACAACGUGCGCAUGGAAAGUGAAUAGUAUGUAAGGGUUACUUCUGAAAGAUUGGCAUGAUACUGUCUUUCUCUGUUUAAAUAUUUAUUAUACGGUCUUCAACAUAAACUGUGAAUUUUUUUUUUUUUAAAAAACCCUCCAUGUAUUGUAUUUACCGAUAUAACACAAACAAAACCACAACUUGCUGAACCCAUGCAAACACUUCACUGGGGAAAGAAAAAGGGUUUCAGCUGAGCAAGUGAGAGAAAAUCAUUUCCUCUUUCAAGAAACAGCUCGUGUUUUAAUGGAAGUCGACUACACUCUAUGCACUGUAUGAAACACGUUUUAUUAUUCAUGCUAAUUAAUAGUUUAUAGCUGUCCAAUAAAAACAUAUCUCCACAAAGUAUUUAUUUAUUUUUAUUGUUCUAAUCAGCUAUUUUCUGAGCUGCUUAUCCUCAGAAGGAUCCCAGGAGUUAUCCAAUGAAACACAACAUGAGCAAAAAUAUACAAUUUGCUGUUUUGGGAAUAAAACUAAAAAUAUUUUGGAGAUAAUGUAUGUUGGUGAAGAGUAACAAUAUGCAAGUUUCAUUCUGCAGUAAUUGUCAUGAUCCUGGAUUCCAGCCAGGGCUGGGCGUGGCCGUCUAAUCGGAAGGGUCACACCUGCGCCUCAUGACCUCCGAUUAGACCCAGUACAUAUAGGACCCGGGGGACGACAGAGACUCUGCUAGAUCGUUGCCUCUCAUGCCUCGUUCCCGCACUACCGUACUCCUGACGUCUACCUCCCGUGUACCGACCAACGCCUGUCUCCCGACCUACCCCCACUUUUUGCACGUUUUGCACCUGUACUUGUAGCAGAACUGCACAAUGGCGAUGGUGAAAAGGAUGGCCAGGAUGCCAAACCCCACGGCCACCCCCACCGCUGUGGCGUUUACC